AUGGAUGCUGCGGGCGUAUACGAGGUGGAGGCGCUGUUGGCUAAAGCGCGUGAUCCUAACCCCACUGACACCGACAUGUGGUACGUCUUAGUCCACUGGGCUGGGGAUGAUCUGGCACAAUCGACUUGGGAGCCCCUGCGACGGCUGCAUUGGACAAAUAUUCAAGGCUGGCAACGCUUACCAGAGCUAACCCCAGCGAACGACGAGGAAUGGAACCGCAUGAUGGAUAUGGUUGACGAGCUCCUCGGAGCUACGAGCGCCUACCAGGCCAUGGCGGUGGCGGAGGUUGACAUGGGCAUCCUGCACUCUGAUGAAGAUUACGGUUCGACGGACGACGACGAUAAUCAUGAGAGCGUCAUUGAAUCGGACGAGCGACAAGUCGAGAAUCAUCCGCAGAGGGUACAGAAUCCAGUCCUGGAUGCACACCAGGCAGGAGAAGCUGCUUACGUGCAACCAAACCCGCUGCCCAAUACCCCGCCCCCUUAUGUGUCUCCCGGUUUCAACAACGAUGUUGUACCGUAUCAGUCCGAUACGCAACUUGAACCAUAUCGGUACGUUACGGAGGAAUUGUCUGCUCGCCCACUCAAACGCAAAGAAUCAGCCAGCGACAAACCCGAGGACCAUAGGGGGAGGCGCCUUUUCGUCUCUCUCUCGCAAUUAGCUGCCACCAUCCCUCGGUCGGUCCUCGUGUUUAAACUGCCCACCAUCCGUGACCUGUUGGGAUCGAACUAUCAACCCAAUACAACUUGGCCACCGCUCGCAAAACUCCAAGGAAGCGCCUUCCCCGGGGACGGCGAGUUAUAUCGGAUCCUCUCCUUCUUGCAGGAGGAUCGGUGGCUUGCCAACACCACUGCGGAAUUGGUGAUCAACGUUGUAAAGGCCUCUGAAAAGUUUCGCGAGGAUGUCUGCCAUGCGCCCGUGAGCUAUAACCAGAUUAGGAGCACACAAGUAGCAGAUAGACCAACGCUUUCUCCUGUGGGAUUCCCUGAGAGCUCGGAAAACGACGAAGAGGUAUCAGGAUACUCUUGGACAUUUGUCUUGGAUAUUGGAAAAGGAGUUAACGUGCCACACUGGCCGGAAACGUGUGUACCCACUGCAGAGGGCAAAAUCACCACAAAAGCCAUGCGGGCCAACAGCUCGCUUUGGGAUAUGGUUGACAUCUACCCGCAUACGUGGCAACAACCCAACUACGUGGACUGCGGCGUAUACGCCAUUAUGGAGUACUUGUACCUCUUCCUUGAUGGGGAUCAGGCUAACCUCACAUCCAUUGGGCGCGAUGGGAAAAUGCAAACCAAAGUGCCUGUUCCAGCAUUAGACACAGGGGCGGCGGUGUCGAUGAGGGGCUGGAUAUAUGACUUGCUUAGCCACUGCCCAUCUCUUGUCGCCAAAACGCGGAAGGCAGACGCGGAGUACAAUUUCUGA